CGCUGAUUGGGAGGGAGCGGCUGCGGAGGUCUGGGAAAAGGGUGGGACGGCCAGCGGCAGAGACUGGUGGACGGGGUCGGGGAUUCACCUAGAACAAGAGCCAGGAAUAGCUGGGAGGCGCCUGCGUGGGGACCGGACUUGAGAUUCUCAUCUGAUCUUCCCGGAUUCAGGAUGCGGCAAACACAGAGCGUACCCCUCCACGCCCUGAUGCCUGAGUAGUGUGCACCUCCAGGCCCCUCCUCCCUUGCCAGGGGUGAGAGAUGAAGUGGGCAGGCUGGCCCCGGCUGUGUCUGAUGCUGCUUCUGUCCCUUCCUCAGCUCUGCCUGGAUCAGGUGCUGUCUGGACACUCUCUACAGAUGCCGCCAGAGGAGGGCCAGGGCCCUGAGGGGGUCUGGGGGCCUUGGGACCAGUGGUCCUCUUGCUCCCAGCCCUGUGGGGUGGGGGUACAGCGCAGGAGCCGGAUAUGCCAGCCCCGCCAGGACCUGCCUCCCCCUCCCCGGCCCCCAAGGCAUCCAGAAGCCCAACUCCCCCGCGGUCAGGGCUCCAGACCCCACACCUUGGGAGAAACCCACCCCCUGUACAGGCCACAGCCACGGGGAAGGGGGGGCCCGCUUCGAGGUCCUGCUUCCCUGCCGGGCAGGGAGGACACACAGGAGGUGGCAGGAGCCCGCAGGUCCCGGGUCCGAGAGCCCAUCAAGCCUGGGAUGUUCGGCUAUGGGAGAGUGCCCUUUGCCUUGCCGCUGCAUCGCCACCGCAGGCACCCCCGGCGGCCGCCCCUGACUCCCGGGGCCGAGCUGCCCUCUGCACUGCCCCCCACAGAACUGCCUGCCCACACCUCAUCCCUCCCGGCACACCCCACAGGGGCAGGGACUGUUCAGACCGAGGCUGCCCUGCCCCGAGCCAGGGCUGCCUCCUCGCAGCCGUCCCAUGGAGCCCAGGCCCCCCGCACUGAGCCCCUCUCGCCCACCCUCUCCGGGGAGAGUCGCCCCUUCCACCUGUCCCCUCAGCCAAGAAUACCGAGCUCCCAGGGCUGGGCCCGCCCCCGGGAGCCAGGGAGACCCCCUGACCCUUUCCCCUCGGUCCCUCGGGGCUGGGGCCAGCAGAGCUGGGGGCCCUGGAGGCCUGGGGGGAGCCUCCGGGGGUCCCCCGCGGAGCCGAAUGGCUGGCUGCCUCUGCUGAGCGACGGACCCCCCUCCAGUUCUCUCUGGAGCCUCUUUGCCCCCAGCAGCCCUGUCCCGCGAUGUUCUGGGGAGACCGAGCAGCUGAGAGCCUGCAGCCAAGUGCCCUGCCCGCCCGAGCAGCCAGACCCCAGGGCACUGCAGUGUGCUGCCUUCGACUCCCAGGAGUUCAUGGGCCAGCUCUACCAGUGGGAGCCCUUCACCCAAGUCCAGGGCUCCCAGCGCUGUGAACUGAACUGCCGGCCCCGCGGCUUCCGCUUCUACGUCCGCCACACGGAGAAGGUACAGGACGGGACCCUCUGUCAGCCCGGAGCCCCGGACAUCUGCGUGGCCGGGCGCUGUCUGAGCCCCGGCUGUGAUGGGAUCCUUGGCUCUGGCAGGCGUCCAGAUGGCUGUGGCGUCUGUGGGGGUGACGACUCUACCUGCCGCUUUGUUUCGGGGAACCUCACUGAGCGAGGGGGCCCUCUGGGCUAUCAGAAGAUCCUGUGGAUUCCCGCGGGGGCCUCCCGGCUCCACAUUGCCCAGCUCCGGCCCAGUUCCAACUACCUUGCACUUCGGGGCCCCGGGGGCCGGUCCAUCAUCAACGGAAACUGGGCUGUGGACCCCCCUGGGGCCUACCCAGCCGGAGGGACUGUCUUCCACUACAGCCGGCCUCCCCGGGAGGAGGCCAAGGGGGAGAGCCUGUCGGCUGCGGGCCCCACCACUGAGCCCGUGGAUGUCUACAUGAUUUUUCAGGAGGAAAACCCAGGUGUUUCUUACCAGUAUGUCAUCUCGUCACCUCUUCCCACACUCGAGAGCCCCACCCCAGAGCCCCCCAGCCACCAGCUCCAGCCUGGGAUGCUGAGAGGGGCGCCCUUGGCCGCUUCCGCCCCUCGCUCAGCCCGGACCCCAGGCAUCCUGCAGCGUCAGGUGCGCAUUCCCCAGGUGCCCAGCCCACCGCUGCCCAGGACACCCGCGGGGUCUCCAGCCGGGUACUGGAAACGAGUGGGGUACUCUGAGUGCUCGGUGUCCUGUGGGAAAGGUGUCUGGCGUCCCAUUUUCCUCUGCGUUUCUCGUGAGUCGGGAGAGGGACUGGAGGAACACAGCUGUGCCGUGGGUGCCAGGCCCCCAGCCUCCGUCGAGCCCUGCCACGGCCCCCCAUGUCCCCCGUACUGGGAGGCCGGCGAGUGGAUGUCAUGCAGCCGCUCCUGUGGCCCCGGCACCCAGCACCGCCAGCUGCACUGCCGGCAGGAGUUUGGAGGCGGCGGCUCCUCAGUGCCCCCGGAGCGCUGCGGGCACCUCCCCCGGCCCAACACCACCCAGCCUUGUCAGCUGCGCCUCUGCGGCCGCUGGGAGGUUAGCUCCCCCUGGAGCCAGUGCUCAGUGCGGUGUGGGCGAGGCCAGAGGAGCCGGCAGGUCCGCUGUGUUGGAAGCAACGGUGAGGACGUGAGUGAGCGAGAGUGCGCGUCGGGCCCCCCAAAGCCCCCCAGCAGAGAGGCCUGCGAUAUGGGGCCCUGUACCACAGCCUGGUUCCACAGCGACUGGAGCUCCAAGUGCUCAGCCGAAUGUGGGACGGGAAUCCAGCGGCGUUCUGUGGUCUGCCUGGGGAGUGGGGACGCCCUCAGGGUGGACCAGGAGGAAGCAGGAGCCCAAACCAGUGAGCAGAGCUGUCCAGGCAGCCGCCCCCCCGACAUGCGUGCCUGCAGCUUGGGGCCCUGUGAGAGGACGUGGCGCUGGUACACAGGGCCCUGGGCUGAGUGCUCGUCAGAUUGUGGCUCCGGCACACAACGCAGAGAUGUCAUCUGUGUGUCCAAGCUGGGGACUGACUUCAACGUGACUUCUCCUAGCCACUGCUCCCACCUGCCCAGGCCCCCUACCCUGCAGCCGUGUCAGGGACAGGCCUGCCAGGACCGAUGGUUCUCUACACCAUGGGGUCCGUGUUCUCGCUCCUGCCAGGGAGGCGUGCAGACAAGAGAGGUCCAGUGCCUGAGUGCCAAUCAGACCCUCAGCACCCGAUGUCCUCCUCACCUGCGACCCUCCAGGAAACGACCCUGUAACAGCCAACCCUGCGGCCAGCGUCCUGAUGAUCAGUGCAAGGACAGCUCUCCACACUGCCCCCUGGUGGUGCAGGCCAGGCUCUGCGUCUACCCCUACUACACAGCCACCUGUUGCCGGUCUUGCGCCCAUGUCCUGGAGCGGCCCCCGCUGGAGCCCGCCUGAAAUGGGUCUGGGAGGCCCUGUCCUCGUGGUUUUCUCGUGCCAUCCACUCUGUAUGCCCUGGCUUUGCAGCCUGUCCAGGUCUCACCAGGGAUGUCCUCGAGGGGGACUGACAGGGACUCGAAGACUGGGGUUGGGUGUGUGUGGUGCUGUGACAGUGGGUGUGCACCUGUGCCCCAGCAUGUGUAUGUGGGCCUGUGUGGAUGUGUGUGCGUUCAUACAUGUGUAUCACUUCUCAAAACGCAGCGGUGCAGAUUGAGAAGGGGCUGCCCCCAAGACGUGCCUCGGCUGCGAGGGAAGCAAGUUUGCAGCUCCUUCCUAAUCUGGGUGGUCUCCCCGUCAGUUCCAGCCUGGUGUCCUCAACCUCACUACUCGGUUCAGGCCUCACAUCUUCCCAAACACCCUCCUGUCUCUGACCCUCCUCUCUAUCUCUCCAUCCUGCCUCCCUAGUUAGGGAUGGGGGGGCAGCCACUGCCAUUCUUGCCUUACCCCAUGAGGAGGGACUGCCUGUGUGCUUGGAGCAGCAGCAGGUUGGCAGAGGAUGGGAAAGAGAAAUGUUAGCAUGAGACACCCGAGCCCCUGGCCCCAAUCCCACUUCAAGUGGUUCCCACCCCAGAACUAAUUUAUUUUUAUUAAAGAUGGUUAUGUCAAACGAGAAAUGUGCUGUUCAUUGCCAGCCAGACGAGCCACCUAAGCAGUGUGAGGGCAGAAUGUAGGCGACAGGGGAGUAGGCCCAGAAGGGCUUAGGGGGGUGGGUCUGGAUCACCUGAGACAAGAGAGGUCCCCCUUGUGAGCCAGCCCGGGCCUGCAGGUUGCACGGUGACCACUAGAGAUCGCCAGCACUCCCAGUCUGGAUGUGGGGUUGCGCGCCUGCGUGGCGAGCCAGGGCAAAGGCUGGGGCUGUGGCGGUUUCCUGGUAGGCUGGGUUUUUUUGUAAAGUCUCUUGGAGUCCAAGAAUACCCGUUUCAGUUUAGGGCUGAGCAAAUGGCAGCUGUCUUGUCACGGGUCGUUUUCCUGUUCCCUUGCUUUGGCCCUGCUUUCCCCACCUCCCCCAUCCUCUUUGCUAUUACCCAUUUCCCUAUUUAUUGCUUUUGGUGGGGUGGGGGAUAGAGAAGUGACUCUGCCCACCCCUCCCUCGGCGGAAAUGGCUGGAGGAGCCUUGGGGCGGUGAAGGCGGGGCCGAGGCGGUACUGGAUGUUCUGCCAGAGCCAUUCUUGAGAGAUGUCUCACUCUGGGCUCCUCCUUCCCCUACAGUGUGAGGGCGUGCGGGCAGGGGGCCGGUGCCCCUCCCGGGACAGGCAGGGGCCCUCCUCCGUCUGCGCGGGCCGCUCAACUCGCGCCUCCCGCGCUCCGAGCUCCCUGGAGCCUGGGAAGGCCCCCAGCCGCCUGAAGAGCCUGCAUCUCCACACCAGCCGCCUCCCGCACCUCUUACUGCGGCCUCGGGACUGGGGCCUUCCCCAGCUCAAAGUGGCUGAGCAGGGCGAGCUUGGGUGUUUGGGAAGCAGAGUGGGUGAGGAAGGAUGCAAAAGGGUUUGAAGGGAGAGUAGGAAACUGGCUGGCUCAGGACAGGGAGUGGGGAGAGCAGGGGGAGGAGAUGGCCGACACGCUGCUUUCUCUGGCUCGCCGGCAGGGGGAGUCAGAACUGCGAGGGACAGAAGGGGACUUGGGCCAGCCCUGUAGGAUGAAGGCUGACGGCCCUGCGGCAGAGGCGGGUGGUGGUGCGUGCCUGAGGCCCUCCCAGCGAUUCCUGGAAGCCGGAGCUGGGCGGAACUUCCCCGAAGUGCUCCUCCCUCUGCAGGCCUCUCAGGGCUGUGGCCGGUCGCUGGGCAGGUUUGGAGUUUGGCCUGAGCCUGAGAACCAAUCACAGGUGGCGAAUGCAGCCAUUUCCCUCUUAGGGUCCCCCGAGUUUCAGCAUCGCUCUCUCGCCCCUUAAAGGUGGGAUUCAGGAUUCCUGAAUCAGCCGUUGUCAGGAAGGGGAAGGUGACCUCAGGCAACCCCCUGCCUGGCCCCUUAGAGGGGAGCAGUGUGGCCAGGCCGCUGUUGACCUCUGAAACCCUUGGAGGGACUUGGGAGGGAGGAAGCUGCGACCCAGGGGCAAGGAGCUGUGGUGGCCAGGCCCCAGGUUUGGUGUGCUGCGGAGAAUUUAGGGAAGGGCUCAGAGGAACUGGACCCCUGAGAACCGAGAUGAGGUGGGGGUAGUGAUAGGAACACACUGGUAGAACCAGAGAAAUCAAGCGUGGGAAACACUAGCAAACUGCUGAGACCUGGGAAACACUAGCAAACUGCUGAGACCUGCUGGGGGAGGGGGUUGGGGUUCUGGACGCAGAGCCCCUGGGGGAGAACCAUGAGGGCUCACCAAGUUGAGCUGGUUCAGGCUUCCUCUCCCCUCCCCCAGCAGCUUCCCCAGGGUAAAUACCCACCGUGUAAGCUGCAGCCUUUGGACUAAAUUUAGCUCCUAGACUUCCCCAACCCCUAGGCCUCCCUUCAGCAGGUGCUCACAGCUGCAGGGGUGUGUCUGGUGGGGGAGUUUUAACAUUCCCUUCACCUCCACUGAUCCACUUUCAAGCUCUCUGGUAACCAGGAGUGAAACAGCGUAGGGGAGCUGGCACUGUGGCGAAGUGGGUAAAGUCACUGCCUGUAGUGCUGGCACCCCAUGUGGGCGCCGGUUCAAGUCC